AUGUCGCUCCGCAUCAAGGCCGUGGUGGAUAAGUUCGUGAAGGAGCUGAAGGAGGCCCUGGACGCGGAUAUUCAGGACAGGAUCAUGAAAGAGAGGGAGAUGCAGAGCUACAUAGAGGAGCGGGAAAGAGAGGUCGCUGAGAGGGAGGCCGCCUGGAAGGCGGAGCUCUCCCGCCGCGAGGUAAACUGUUGGCUGUUUUUUUUUUAGAUUUCUGGGGAACAAAAUGCCCGUAACGCGUGAAUUUCUUGGGAUUUCUGUCGUGCUUAAUUUUUUUUCCCUAUAAAUGGACAUAUAAUCUAUUGAGAAACAAUUGAUCGGUGGCUCGAAGAAGAAAGCAACGAGGAGGUGGUACACAAAGUCUUCUCUGCAAGUAUCAAGUAAUGUCGGAGCUGAUUUGAGACUGCUCGGGGCGUUUCUGUGUUCCAUUGCUUGAUGUAGGUAACCACGAGGGGGGACGCUUCCUAUUAGCAUCCUAGAGAGGAGGAACAACUAGACAAUCAGACAGUUCCAGGGAUCUUCCCCUUAGUAAAUUUUUCAUAAUGCAUCUGUAGCACUGUCCACUUUAUGAAAACAAAAACAGAGAGAGAAAAAUAAAUCAGUGAUCGGCGACCAGCAAUCGUCUUUUCAGGGAGCAUUGGUUUCCUUUGAAUGGAAAUUUCUAAGCUCUGAUUAUUAUUAUUUUUCACUAAGGAUCUUGGCACAAUCCUGCUCAUGUGAAGUUACAGAAAUUCGUGCAUCUGCAGGCAGGUCCUCGAUGCAGAAUCAUUUGAUUAUGGGCAUUUUCAUGAUCUAAGGAUCUUGGUACAAUUCUGCUCCUGGGAUGUUACAGAAAUCCGUGCAUCCGCAGGCAGGUCCUCGAUGCAGAAUCAUCUGGUUAUGGGCAUUUUCAUGAACACAGAUAUGCACAGCGCUCAGUAUCAGAUUUGAAGAGCUGCCCUUUUAGAUCUGACGAUCAAAAGCAUCUAGAACAAGCAACUUACCUUGUACCUUAUGUGUUUUGAAUGCUUACCAUCUUAUUUUCUUCAAUGGAUAUUUUUGAGUCCAUCUGACUGGUGAAUUGCAUGAAACAAUUGGGAGAGAGAGGCCACUGCUACUGUGCACAUCUUUGAUCAGAAGUUUGUCCUCGUUUUUCUCUGGUGAUAAUGAGAAACCAGAUCAACCACUAUGAGAAAAAUCUCGAGAAAUGCAUCUUGUUGUUCUUGCUGAGAAAAAAGCAAAUAGAUCGUACUGGUAAUCUUUUCAUCAGACCGUGAUUGGAGGAUGAUAUUCGUAUUGGAGACUGAUUACUUUGGUUUUGCAAAAUCGGAGAGAUUUGUGAUGACGAUAUGAAAAUAGAUGAAUAUAUUGCAAAGUUUUUGUUCAGAAAUUGAGCCAUUUCUGUGUUCUUAAUGUUUGAUUUACCUGAGUUUUCGCAUACUUUAUAAUUCUGAUUAACCAUCUCUUCUUUUUAUCAGCAUUUUUCUCUAAUGUUUCUCGUAUUAAAUUAAUUCUUCACUUCCCCCAAUGGAUUUGAUGAUUUCUUGAAUGAUUAUGUGAAUUUAUCUUUUGAAUGAUUUUUACCUUUUUAUAGAAAAUUCAGCCUCUUCAGAGAAAUUUUUGUGAGGUUGUGGACGAGCGAUCUUAAUCUCUCUGUUCCUCGCCCAUGAAACUUGCUAAAUCAGGAGAAAUAAAAUCUGCAGGCCGAGAUCACCCGACAAGAAGCCCGGCUGAAGAUCGAGAAGGAGAACCUCGAGAAGGAGAAGAGUGUUCUCAUGGGCACAGCAUCGAACCAGGAUAACCAGGACGGCGCCCUCGAGAUCACCGUCAGCGGUGAGAAGUACCGCUGCCUGAGAUUCGCCAAGGCAAAGAAGUGA